AUGAGCUACGCAACCAGCCUUUUAGCUGCAUAUCCAUCAUCGUAUGGUGCAUCGACAUUAUUCAGUGAUAAUCUUGUUCAACGUUCAUCAUUUGAUAAUGUCUAUCAUCCGCCAGUAGGCGGCUAUGGAGGUACGGAUCGAUUGUUCAGCGAUGAUUUCGCGUUCAAUCAUAAUCAAACAACAUAUCAUCCACCAUUAUAUUCUAUUUCGAAUCCUACAUCUGUAUUCCCAACGCAAAAUUAUGAAAACUCACCCGUAGGAAGUUAUCGUCACCAACCUCUUCCAUCCAAUGAUUCCUAUGCUUUACUAAAUGAUAUCCCUGAAUAUUCAGAAAGUCUCGUUACAGCAUCGAAUACAAAUACAGCAUCGAGUAUUGCUCGUUCUUUACAUGAAAAUAAAACUAAUCUUCCUAUUAAUAAAUUUCCUAAUCAACCACCAAAUUACACUCACACAUCAAACGAUGGCCAUGGUAAUCAACCAAUGAAAUCUGUUUGGAGUUCAACAAAAACAAAAACAAAAACAAAAGGAGGACAACUAGAUGAUACGAAGAAAAAACCACUAUUAAAACAGCAGCCUGGAUUAAUAACAGGACACACUCAACCUUCAACAGGUACACAAAAAGAUUCCACUACUGAUAAAUUAAAUGAUGAUCUAACACCAGUUCAAUCACCACAUCUACCAGUACAAUUGACAAAACAACCGAAUCAUUUGCAACGAAAUGCAACUAUUGUUGAUAUUGAAAAGCAACCGCCAACAAUCGAUAUUCAAGAAUGGGUUAAUAGAACUAAAAAAGAAUCUCCUACUGAGGAUAAAGACGCUGAACAGGCAUGGACAGUUAAAAUCGAUCAUUUACAUAUGGUUCAAGCUCAACAUGAAAGAGAAAAAACAAAAUCAGUACGUCCAUUGCCAAAUGCACCGAAAAAAAUUGAAAAUAAAACAGCAGUAGUGAAUAAAAAAAAACCUGCAGUCGAUGUAAAACCUCAUGAUUCAAAAUAUCAGCACGAGUCAUAUUUUGAUACACUUUUCGAUGGAGACUAUUUUCGGAAGCCUUCAACAAAUAAUUAUUCAAUAAGUUCAUCGUUUCAGAAUGGAAAAUCAACGAUAAAUAAAUUAGCGAAUUCACUCAAUAAUAUCAAUUCAACGGUCACAUCAAAAAAUCCAAAACAAGUUUUACAACAAAAAAAACCUCGAUAUGAACCGCCCACAAGUAAACGUGUACCGCCAACCAUAACAACUACAUCGUGGAGAAAAACUUGGCCAAAACAAUAUCAUUUCGAUUCAAUUUAUCCGUAUCAUUUAUUCAAUGAGUUUACUCAUCGGGAAUUUGUUCAUAAAGAUACAGAUGAACGUUUUCGAGAAGCUCUUCAUAAAUUACGUGCAGAUCGUGCUGAACAACAAAACAAAGAAAUUAAUGAAAAAACAGCAAAACGUUUAAAUUACGGUGAUUAUGUUAGACAUUCGACCAAAGAUGCGUUGCUUCACAAUGUUAUUAAACCAUCUCCGUGGUCCGAUUUUAUGGAUCUUAAAAAAGGAAAUCUUUAUUCACUUUCGCAAGAAGAAAAGAAAGAGCUGUAUCAUCAAUCGAAAUCAUACGGUGAACGAAUUCGAUACCGAAAUUUUGGUUAUAAUUACGGUUCGGAAACAGCUCGAUCAUUUCGUCAUUCGGCUCCUUUGACAGAUGACGAUAGUCAGGGUUCUGAAUCAGGCGAUGCAGCACCGCAUCCAAGAUUGAAUCACAGUGAUUCAAAAUCUGUUAGUCGUACAUCACGACGACUUGGAUCAGCCUCAACAUCAAAUAAAACUUCUACAAAACCAAUAGGGGCUCGCGGUCUUAACCGGCCGAUUCCAAAUCAAGCUAGUCGCACAACAGUUCGUACUGAUCGGUCAAAUGCAAAUCGCCAAUCGGAAAAUGACGAUGAAGACAUAUCGGGCUAUGAUGCAAAUCGAAAAUAUAAGCAAAAACCGAAGAAAAAAAACGUACACUACGCAAAAGGUGAUCCAUCGGGACGAUCAGUAAUCAGUGGAGAUGAAAACGACAACGAUACCAGUACGUAUGGUCAAAGAACACAUCGUGCGACAAAUCGUGAUGCCGACGAUGACCUGUUUACUGUCCGCGAAGAAAAAACAUUGGAAUCAUUUGAAGGGGCGCGAUAUAAAAAGCGAUAA